UCUCUAUAUCUACUUGCAUUCUUCUAAGGUGCCUAUUUUUCUCCCAAGUUAUACGCAUCACUCCCGCAAUUUUUUGGAGUCACUCCACAUACAUAUCUUUUUUAGAUUACUUCUUCUUGUCGUCUCUAUUUUCUGUCUCCAUAAUUUAUUCAUUUUCCUCCUCAAUUGCCCCAUUGACUUCCAAAUUACACUCAAAUAUAUACAUAUUAAUGUGUUCACAAUUCAACUCACCAUCAUCUUCCCUCAUGGUGCUUCCAAAAUGCAAGUUCUUGUCAUCAAGACCUAUUCUAGAUUAUCAAAAUGGGUGCCAAAAUUCACCUCCGCAAGACACACAAGAGGCUCAAUUUGCUCAAAAUCAAGAAGAUCAUCAUAGGCAACAAGACACACAACAACAAGAUGACAAUACCAAGAAAGAAGAGGAAUUUGAAGAUGUUAAGGAUUCUUGUUUGAAGGUUGAUAAAGAAGAUGUUGGAAUAUUAAAAACUCCAACAUCACCAAAACAUAGUAAAAGACAAAUGGUUUGUCCACCAGCUCCAAAGAAGAAAAAGGCAAUUCAAGUUACAAAGAGAAAACUCUUUCUUGAUGUUUAUGAUGAAGUAGAAUCAUGGUUUCCUCCAGCUUUACUAGCAGAUCUUGGUAAUAAGAUCAAGAAAGCUAGGACAACAAGCCCCAUUUUAUGAGUAUGUUUUAGUUUAAUUUCUUAUGUGCUAUAUCAUAGAUCUUAAUUUAGUGUGUACUCAACCCUACUGAUUAUUGAGAAGAAGAAAAUAUUCUCUGGUUUCUACAA